AUGUCGUCGUCCAGCGAGAAAGUCCUCGUCGGAUGCAUUGGCGGAAGUGGUCUGUACAACCUCGACAACUUGACGCCGGUCAAGACCAUUGAAGUUGAUACUCCUUGGGGCAAACCCUCGUCCCCGAUCACCAUCUCGACGCUCCCCUCUGGCGAUCAGAUAGCUUUCAUCGCCCGACACGGAAUAGGUCACCAUAUUUCCCCUUCUGAAGUCCCUGCCAGAGCGAACAUUGCUGCGCUCAAGCAUAUUGGGGUACAAGCCAUUGUCGCCUUUUCAGCUGUUGGAUCGUUGAGGGAAGAGAUCGCUCCUGGAGACUUUAUCAUCCCUUCGCAGAUUAUUGAUCGAACAAAAGGUAUCAGACAAGAAACAUACUUUCGCGGAAUCGGAGUCGUUGGGCAUACAAUGUUUGGAGACCCAUUCAGCACUCAAUUGAACGAGUUUGUCUCACCUCGUGUAGAGAAAAUCCUGAGCGAGAUCCAAGGUGGACCCGUCAAGCUUCAUCAGAACAAGACUGUCGUGUGCAUGGAGGGUCCCGCAUUUUCGACUCGAGCAGAGUCCCUCAUGUAUCGCUUAUGGGGAGGAGACAUCAUCAACAUGUCCGUCAUUCCAGAAGCCAAGCUUGCCAAAGAGGCGGAGAUCGACUACACGUUGAUUUGUACAUCGACAGACUACGAUGCCUGGCGAACGGGUUUCCCGCCUGUGACUGUAGAGGAAGUCGUCAAGACCCUUCAUACCAAUGCUGGAAACUCAAAGGCGGUCGCUGCGGGUUUAUUGCAGGAUGUCCAUGAUGUAGUGGCUGCUGGAAACGUUUUGACGGAAGCUAAAGGGUCUAUGCGGUUCUCGACCAUUACAAGUCCAGAUGCUCAAAAUGAAGAAGGCAAGAAGAAGCUUGCAUUCAUCCUUCCAUACUUCUCUUAG